AUGAUGUUUAAAAUAAUAUCACAUACUCUGACAGAAAUAAUAAAUCAAUCAUUUGAGCAAGGAUGCUUCCCAGAGUUACUGACAUAUACCGAAGUAAGACCAGUACACAAAAAUGGCCCAAAAGAAGAAAUGGGAAUUACAGCCUGUUCCUAUCCUGUUUAUAUCCUGUCAGUUUUCUCUAAGUUAUUUGAAAAUCUUGCUGCAACACAGAUACUAAAUUUUGUUUCAAAAUUUAAUAUCAUUGAUAAAAAUCAAUUUGGGUUCCAAAAAAGAAAAAGUACCUUAGAUGCAAUAAACACUUUUGUUGAAAGAAUUAGCUCCUCAUUGGAAAACAGCAGCAAAGUUGCAGUACAACAGAUUACAUGA